CCCACUACAAAAUCCUCACUCUUCUCCAUCUCUCAAUGGCCGCCGCCGCGCCACCACCGCCCCCAACCCCCGCCCCGGAGGCCCCGAUCGACGUUCCCAGAGGCUCCACCACCCCAAUGGGCUACCCCCUCUUCGCCCGCAUCCGCCUCGCCAGCCCCUCCGACGUCCCCCACAUCCACAAGCUCAUCCACCAGAUGGCCGUCUACGAGCGCCUCACCGACCUCUUCUCCGCCACCGAAUCCUCCCUCGCCUCCACUCUCUUCGCCUCCCCUCCCUUCCAGUCCUUCACCAUCUUCCUCCUCGAAGUCUCCGCCGCCCCUUUCCCCAGCGACGCCCACUCCUCCAACCACCUCUACUACCCCGUCGUCAAGACCCUCAACCUCGACCUCCCCGUCCACGACCCGGAGAGCCACGUCUUCCGAACCAGCGGCGGCGGCGGCGCUACGGUUGCUGGGUUCGUGCUCUUCUUUCCGAACUACUCGACUUUUCUGGCCAAGCCGGGGUUUUACAUUGAGGACUUGUUCGUGAGGGAGUGCUACAGGAGGAAGGGGCUGGGGAAGAUGCUGCUGUCGGAGGUGGCGAAGCAGGCGGUGAAGAUGGGGUACGGGAGAGUGGAGUGGGUGGUGCUGGAUUGGAAUGUGAAUGCGAUUAAGUUUUAUGAGGAGAUGGGGGCUAAGGUUAUGCAGGAGUGGAGGAUCUGCAGGCUCACUGGAGAUGCUCUGCAGGCUUAUGCUGAUGCUUAGGGGCUAGGGGAUGUGUUCUUGUUUAUGCUUAUGUGUUGUGUUGUGUUUUGAGGAGAUUUAUGACUCUGGGGUGACAUUUGUUGAUCUGAUGGGUGUAAAUUUAAGGGGGUUUGGUUUGAUUGAUGGUCUAUGCUUGUACCCUGUUAUUGUUCUACAAGGAGUUAUCUUUAUCAAUGACAUCUGCUAAUUUUCGGUUU